UUUUGAUCAAAAUGUUCAACUGGUUCAUUUUCCGGAAUGGAAAAUUAUCAUACUUUAGACUGACAGCAGUGACCUCACUUAUGGCUGGGCUGACUCUUCACGCAAAUUUCAUUGGGCUUACAAGAGUGAAGCGCAAUAAUGAAAACCAAGGCAUUUUAGACAAAAUAACAAGUAUUUUUAAGGAUGAGGUUAUUUUAUACGAAAAAUCAGGAAUUCCAACCAAGAUGUCAAGAUGGAAUAACUGCUAUGUAGCUGUCCAUGAUCCAUUCGAACCUAAAAACGUGUUUGUGUCAAAAGUUAUAGCUACUCCUGGGAAAUGGAUCCAACGGAGAGACGAUGGAGGGCUGAUCAAGCUCCCUACAGCUCAUGUAUGGAUAGAAAAUGAUCUGAACAAAUUCGGCACCAAGGACAGUCUGAGUACGUAUGGACCAAUUUCCUCACAACACAUACUAGGCAAGGCAAAAUUUAUAAUCUGGCCUCCAUGGAAAUUUGUGAAUAUCCAAUCUUUAACGAAAUUUGAUGUCUUCAAGAAGAGGCAGCAAGUCCAUUCCAAAGUCUUCACUGAUCGUGAAAUAAGGCAUCUCUAUGGAGUUGGAAAUUAUUCACUCUAAAAUAUGCUCAAUA